AUGAGUGUGGUGGGCAAGAAGCUGAGCUCAUCGAUAUCGGGACAGGGGGCUGCCGAUGCAGAAGGGCCUUCGCCAACGAGUCCUACGGCAGCAACCGGUGGCACUUCGGUGCAAAGCACGGUCACCCCCGAUUACGUGCUGCAGCUCAAUAAAAUUACCGACGACUACCUCUGCACACCGGACGCGAACAUCUACGAGAUUGACUUUACGCGCUUUAAAAUUCGUGAUCUGGAGUCCGGUGCGGUGCUGUUCGAAAUAGCGAAACCAUCGCUCAGCGAUAUUGCCCAUACAGCGGGAGCCGAUAGCAAGACGAAGGAUUUGGUUGCAAGCACGACAAAUGAUGAACCUACUGGAGCGCCAUCCGCCACAACUGCCGGAUGUGAAGAUACGGAGGAAACGUUCGAACCGAACGCUGGCCGUUACGUACGGUACCAAUUUACGCCGCAAUUUCUAAAACUAAAAACCGUCGGUGCUACUGUCGAGUUUACGGUUGGCAGCAAGAGUGUGAAAAAUUUUCGCAUGAUCGAACGACACUUCUUCAAGGAUCGGUUGCUGAAAACGUUCGACUUUGAGUUUGGAUACUGCAUUCCCUUUUCUAAAAAUACUUGCGAACACAUUUACGAGUUCCCCACUAUCCCACCGGAUCUAGUGAACGAAAUGAUUCAGCAUCCAUUUGAAACACGUUCGGAUAGUUUUUACUUCGUGGACGGUUGCCUGGUGAUGCACAACAAGGCCGACUAUGCUUACAACGGUGGACUGUGA